CCCCCUUCUCUUAGGGUUUGCUGUGGAUGAGUUUGAUGGUCUGCCUUGGAUUUUGCACGCCACAGCCAGAGAGUGGCAUGCAAGGCCUCUGGGUGCUCAGGAAAACUGCGCAGGGAGUAGUGUUAGGGCCGUUUUGAGGUCGUUGCGGAUUUUGGGGCUCGUUGCAGAUUUUGGUUCAGAGACGAGGCAUUCUAGACGCAAAUUUGGUCUCAUCUUGUUAUAAGCCUUUAGUGAAUGAUUUGCUCCGUGUUGGGGUAUUGCGGUGUUUCAAGACUCUGUCCUCCAUUCGUCGCAGAUUGAUCGGUGCAUUGAUUCGUGGACGGACGCUAAAAAUACGUCGUUCUUGAUGAUUCCUGGAUGACUGUCGAAUUUCACGCGGUGCUUCAGAGUUGAAGUGACGCAGUUUUGUGUUGAUUGCGGAGCCAGCUACCGAUCGCUCAAGAUGGUGCUUGUACUGGCUCUAGGUGACCUCCACAUUCCAUACAGAGCCGCGGAUCUGCCUGCUAAGUUCAAGUCUAUGCUAGUGCCCGGGAAGAUUCAGCACAUCCUCAGCCCUGGCAAUCUUUGCAUCAAGGAAGUGCAUGAUUACUUGAAGUCAUUGUGCUCGGAUGUUCAAAUUACACGGGGUGAGUAUGACGAAGACACCCGCUACCCUGAGACAAAGCAGCUGAAUAUCGGCGCUUUUAAGCUCGGCAUUUGCCACGGCCAUCAGGUUGUGCCAUGGGGAGAUUUGGAUUCAUUGGCGAUGCUUCAACGGCAGCUAGACGUUGAUAUUCUGAUCACUGGUCACACUCACCAGUUCAAAGCAUACAAGCACGAAGGAGGAGUGAUAAUAAAUCCAGGAUCUGCUACCGGAGCUUACAGCAGCAUCACAUACGAUGUGAACCCUAGUUUUGUCCUUAUGGAUAUUGACGGCUUAAGGGUUGUGGUGUAUGUCUACGAGCUCGUUGAUGGGGAAGUGAAGGUUGACAAGAUUGACUUCAAGAAGCCACAAUGAUGGAGCUAGUGAAUUGUGGUCUCGUUCAGGGUUCUUGAUGAGCAUCUUCAUUUGUGUAGUGCUAGUUGGGGGGAUUACAACGUCGCAUGCCAUUGUGUAAAAAUAAGGACAGUCGUUCUGUAAACAGUAUAUAAGUAAGUUAAGAUGUGCCGAAGAAUUGGGGCACUUUCAUCAAAUGUCCACUGUUCCAAACAUGGAAGCUUUGGUUUUUCUUUCCUAUCA